UUAUCAACGUGAUAAAAAUACUGUCUUCAAAAGUCUAGGAGGCAGCCCCGCGUCUGCCAGGCUUUUCUCUCAAUCGUCUAUACCUGCACCAAACGGAUUCAGCACCGUCACCAUGCACUCUAUGUCAUUCCAUUUCGGCGUCGAGGAGACCAUCCUCUUCGACGGCUGGGUAACGUCGAACUGGCAGGGUAUCGUGGGUUCGGUGGUUGGAAUUACCCUCUUGGCCGCCAUCUACGAGGGUCUCAAGAAUUACCGCGAUUACCUGUUUGUCAACGCGUCCGCGCUUCAUCAGGGAAAUGGGAAAUGUCCACCCAAACAGCCAUCGAUGUCCUCUGGAAUCCAUCUCUUCCAAACGAUCCUGCAUAUGAUACAAAUCAUCGUGGGUUACUUCCUCAUGCUGAUUUUCAUGACUUACAAUGUCUGGCUCUGUAUCGCCGUCACCGUAGGUGGUGGUUUUGGUUACUGGCUAUUCGCAUGGAGAAAGGCCAGCAGUGACAUUACCGAUUGCUGCAAUUAGGGCCGCUGUUGAAUCGCCUAUUUUACGACAAAUACCGCUGAAGAUACAUGGAACACGUGGAUAUGGACAAAAGAUGAAGGGGAUAACCCGAUUGGCAGUUCCAGAAUUGACCUUAGACUUCCAGCAAAUGCCGCGCGAUUGGGAAGACUUACUAAUCAAAAGAAACACUGUUUAAGAUCUGUAUUGAGCUCGUCUUGCCCGAUUUCGCUUGCUCGCGAGAACUCUGGCGUGGAAGUCUAUCGCCUCGCGAUCGGUUAUUCAAUAAAAUUAUCAAAUUUCGA